UUUCAGGUCCAUUGUUCGCUUUCUCCAAAAUUCCAAAAUGGCGGCCCCAAAAAAACUUAGAAAAGGUCGCAACACACAUUUCGGUCAUCUCUCUCUCUCUCUCUCUCUCUGGAAGAAGAAGAAGCAUGAAAUACACUAUAGUAUUGUACCCAGCCCCGUCCGUGAGUCAGCUUGUCUCCAUGGUAGAGUUGGGAAAGCUCAUUCUCCACCACUACCACCACCUCUUCUCCAUCACAGUCCUCAUCCCAACCACACCUCUACACAACCCUUCCACCACUUCCUACAUCCACCGCAUCUCCCAAACCAACCCAUCCAUCGUCUUCCACCACCUCCCCUCCCUUCCUCCACACAAAUCUAAUCUCAACCCAGUCGCCGCCGCCUUUGAAUCAAUCCGCCGCAACAUCCCCAAUGUCCACCACGCCCUCCAAACCAUCUCCACCUCCUCCACCAUCCCUGCUUUCAUCACCUCCACCUCUUUCAGUGACUAUAGUGACCUUAAAAUCCCCACUUACUAUUUCUUCUCUUCCGGUGCUUCGGCACUCGCCGCCAUCCUCUACUUGCCCACCACUCAUGAUCUAUUCACCAAAAGCUUCAAGGACAUCCCAGCUACUCCCCUUCACAUUCCCGGGUUGCCACCGAUUCUAGCCUCUCACAUGCCUCAACCUCUACUGGACCGAUCCAACCCGGCUUACAAUGAAUUCCUUCAACUAGCAACCCAUCUCCCCAAAGCACAGGGAAUUAUAGUCAACACAUUUGAAUCCCUUGAGCCAAGAGCUCUCAAAGCUAUUGCUGAUAGGUUGCCGGUUUACGGUGUUGGACCGAUGACAGCCAAUGCCCAGGAUCGAACUCAUGCUAGUGGGAAUGAUUUGGGAAACGGCGCUGAGUGUUUGUCAUGGCUCGACGCACAGCCAAAACAGAGCGUUGUGUUCUUGUGUUUCGGAAGUCAGGGCAAGUUCUCGACGCCUCAACUGAAGGAGAUUGCUACAGGAUUGGAGAGGAGCGGUCACAGGUUCUUGUGGGUGGUUCGCAGCGGGGAGGAUUCUGAAUUCGGUUCGUUGCUGCCGGAAGGAUUUCUGGAUCGGACUAGAGAGAAAGGCCUGGUGGUGAAGUCAUGGGCACCGCAAGCGGCGGUGUUAAGUCGGGAAUCUGUGGCUGGGUUUGUAACUCACUGCGGGUGGAACUCAAUAUUAGAAGCGGUGUGUGCUGGGGUACCUAUGGUGGCAUGGCCUCUGUAUGCAGAGCAGCAUCUAAACAGGGUUAUUUUGGUGGAAGAGAUGAAGGUGGCAAUGGCCAUGGAGGAAGGUGAAGAUGGGCUAGUUAGUGCUGUAGAAAUUGAGAAGCGGCUGAGAGCGUUAAUGGACUUGGAAGAAGGCACAAUUCUCAGAGAAAGAUGUAUGCAGACAAGGGAGGCGGCCUUGGCUACAUGGGCUGAAGGGGGCUCUUCUGUUGUUGCUCUUAACCAAUUGGCCGAGUUGUGGAAGGGAGGAUAAAGAUCAAAUCGGAACAUUGCUCAUGUUGUUGUCCCAAAAGUAGAUUGUGAUUGUGGUUUUGGGUAGAAAAGUCUUACAGUGUCAAAAUCAGUCACCAACCCAAAGUGACCCAGCCUUCCACAUGAUUACAACCACAAACUUCUUAUCUUGAUGUUCUUAAAAAUCUGAAUUUAAUUAAGGAAAUAAUAAUAGUCAUUAUCAUAUUAUCAU